AUGUGGUUUUUCGGACAUGGUGGACUUGGGACAGGAGGCUUAGGCUGGGGAGCACUUGGAGGAGGAAAUUUUGGACCUGGGACAGGUCAGGGAGCUGGAGGUCAAGGAGCAGGCCGCAGCUAUGUACCUGGAGUUGGCUAUGGAGGUGGUUAUGGACCUGGUGGUGGUGGCCAGUACCCCAAACCUCCUAAGUCAGGUCGGCCUGGAACAUUGGCUGGAGGACGAACCGUUUAUGGUCCUGGUGGUGCCAGAGGAGUUGGUCCUGGUGGAGCAGGCAGAGUAGGCCCUGGUGGUGCAGGGUUUGGUCCUGGUGGAGCAGGAGGAGUAGGGCCUGGUGGUGCAGGAUUUGGUCCUAGUGGAGGAGGAGGAGUAGGGCCUGGAGGAGCAGGAUUUGGUCCUGGUGGAGCAGGAGGAGUAGGGCCUGGAGGAGCAGGAUUUGGUCCUGGUGGAGCAGGAGGAGUAGGGCCUAGUGGUGCAGGAUUUGGUCCUAGUGGAGGAGGAGGAGUAGGGCCUGGAGGAGCAGGAUUUGGUCGUGGUGGAGCAGGAGGAGUAGGGCCUGGUGGUGCAGGAUUUGGUCUUGGUGGAGCAGGAGGAGUAGGGCCUGGUGGUGCAGGAUUUGGUCCUAGUGAAGGAGGAGGAGUAGGGCCUGGAGGAGCAGGAUUUGGUCCUGGUGGAGCAGGAGGAGUAGGGCCUGGAGGAGCAGGAUUUGGUCCUAGUGAAGGAGGAGGAGUAGGGCCUGGAGGAGCAGGAUUUGGUCCUGGUGGAGCAGGAGGAGUAGGGCCUGGAGGAGCAGGAUUUGGUCCUAGUGGAGGAGGAGGAGUAGGGCCUGGAGGAGCAGGAUUUGGUCCUAGUGGAGGAGGAGGAGUAGGGCCUGGAGGAGCAGGAUUUGGUCCUGGUGGAGCAGGAGGAGUAGGGCCUGGAGGAGCAGGAUUUGGUCCUGGUGGAGCAGGAGGAGUAGGGCCUGGUGGUGCAGGGUUUGGUCCUGGUGGAGCAGGAGGAGUAGGGCCUGGAGGAGCAGGAUUUGGUCCUGCUGGCUCUGGAGGUGUCAGAACUGGAGACGUUGGUUUUGGUCGUGGGGUUGGUUUUGGUCCUGGAGGAGCUCCAUUCCCAGGAGGAGCCCAAACAAUGCCACAGACUGGUGCUACUGGUGGAGGGCCUGGAGGAAAAACUGCUGGUAAAGCAUCAAAACAGGUGCCAGGGAUUGGAGUACCUGGACUCUAUCAAGGUGGAUUUGCACCAAGCCAAGGUUUUGGAGGUCGUGGUGUUCUCCCUGGAGUAGCCACAGGAUCUGGACUUGCUCCACAGUCUGGUUCUGGAGUUCUGGGCCAGGGGGGUGCUGGGCCAGGAGCAGGCAAUGGUCGUGGAGGUUUUGGUGGACAGCAGUUGCCUGGGGUUUUUCGUGGUUACCCUCUCAUAUCACCCAAAUCAGGUGUAGGAAAGUCAAAGAAAUCAGCUAAAGCUGCAGCCAAAUAUGGUGGAGGACAAGGGCUUCCUGGUGGAGGAUCAGUAGUUGCAACAGGAUUAGGAGGUGGAGCCAGUAUAGCAAGUGGGCCUGGAGCUGUGCCUGGAUUUGGAACCACAAGUGGAACCGGAACUGGACCAGGAGUUGGGCCGGGAAUAAUACCCAGUACACCUGGUUUAGGUCAGGCAGGUGGUGCAGGCACUGGUGGAGACCUUGGAAGUCAAGGCGCUGGAGGUGGCUUUGGCACAGGUGUAGGGCCUACCUUUGGGACUGGGUCAAGUGUGCCAGGUGGAGGCUAUGGUAUUGGUCCAGGUGGUGCUGGCACUGGGCCUGGAGGAGUUGGCACUGGUAGAAAUGGGUAUGCACCAGAUGGAGCUGGAUCUGGGUUACAAGGAGCAGGAGCAGGAGCUGGAGGGUAUGAUGCCAGUGCCAAAGCCCGUAAUUAUGGUAUGCUGAGUGGCACUUUCGGAGGACCCGGAGCAGGAAUCGGAGGAAUUGGGCUUGGUGGUGCUGGAACUGGCUAUGGACCAAUUGGGGGAGUUGGACCUGGUGGGGCUGGUACAGGCUAUGGACCAGGUGGGGGAGGUGGACCUGGUGGGGCUGGUACAGGUUAUGGACCAGGUGUAGGAGUUGGGCCUGGUGGGGCUGGUACAAGCUAUGGACCAGGUGGGGGAGUUGGACCUGGUGGGGCUGGUACAGGUUAUGGACCAGGUGUAGGAGUUGGGCCUAGUGGGGUUGGUACAGGUUAUGGACCAGGUGUAGGAGUUGGGCCUGGUGGGGCUGGUACAGGCUAUGGACCAGGUGGGGGAGUUGGGCCUAGUAGGGCUGGCAAAGGUUAUGGACCAGGUGUAGGAGUUGGGCCUGGUGGGACUGGUACAGGCUAUGGGCCAGGCGGGGGAGUUGGGCCUAGUGGGGCUGGUACAGGUUAUGGGCCAGGUGGGGGAGUUGGGCCUAGUGAGGCUGGUACAGGUUAUGUACCAGGUGUAGGAGUUCAGCCUAGUGGGGCUGGUACAGGCUAUGGACCAAGUGGGGGAGUUGGGCCUAGUGGGGCUGAUACAGGUUAUGGGCCAGGUGGGGGAGUUGGGCCUAGUGGGGCUGGUACAGGCUAUGGACCAGGUGUAGGAGUUGGACCAGGUGGAGCUGGUACAGGCUAUGGACCAGGUGGGGGAGUUGGACCUGGUGGGGCUGGCUCUAUACCUGGAGGUUAUGCCAGUGCCAAGGCUCGUAAAUAUGGUCUCCCAGGAGGUGCUGGAGCUCCCCAAGGUACAGGAGUGCUUGGGGUAAGAGGAGGUGUUCCAAGCCAAGGGGUCGGACUUACAACUGGUGGUGGAGCCGGAACAGCAUUCGGAGUAGGUGGAAUACCGGGAUCUGGAAUUGUGACUGGAGGUGGACAGAGUGGGUUUGGACAAAGUACGGCUAGAGGAUAUCCUGGUGGACCCAAGACUUUCAAAUAUGGUCUUCCUGGCAGUGGUGGGGCUACUGGAACUGCAGUAGGUGGUUAUGGUCUCAGGGCUGGAGAAUCACUAGGGAGUGGAGGAACAGCAUUUGGACCUGGUGGAUAUGGCCCUGGAGCUGGUGUUGGACCAGUGCCUGGUAGAGGUUAUGGUCCAGGUUUUGGAACUGAAUCAAAACCUGUGAAAUAUGGUCCAGGGGGUGCGAGUACAGGCAGUGUUCCGGGAAGUGGAGCAGGACAAGAACAACCUGGGCGGGUUGCCCCUGAGACAGAAUCACGGACUAGUACUGCAGGAGUCAGCACUGGGUCUGGUACUGGUGUUUCAGUGAAUGGUACCAGCACUGGGAGCAGAGUAACAACAACAGCAGCUACACCUGUUGUAGGAGGAGCAGCUGCAGGAAGCACUCCAGCUCCGGGAUCAGAAGGUGAAGGUGGUGCCGGCAGUGUUAUAGAGGGCUCUGGAAGUUCUGGAGUGGAAGGUAGACCAGUGGGAGCAGGUGCUGGAGAUGAUCUCAGUGGAACAGCGAUACCCCCUGUUGGAGCAAAACCAGGUGCUGGUGGUGAUGUCACAGGUGGCACCCUACCUGGAGCAAAACCUCUCAAGCCUCCAGGUGUCCCCAGAGGAGACACUCCAGGUGAAGGAGAUGGAGAAGGAGGCCCUGAUGGAGAGAGAGAGGAUGCAAGAAGCAUGGGAAAAAUCACUGGAGGAGUAGCAGGGGGUCCUACCAGGGCAACAGCAGUGGGAGGAGUUUCCGGUGGGACUGCAGAUGUGGUUGUAUCCGGUGGAGCAGCAGUAACUCCAAUGCCACUUAAAGAUGGUGUAACUGGUGGACCUGGCCAAGUAAUAGGAGGAGGUGUAGGUGGAGCUGGAGGUCCCAGUGCAGUUGGAGUAAGUCCUGGGGGAGGUCGAAGAAGUCAUGGUGCAGUGGGGGAAGGUCCUGGUACAGGUGGAGGAGUUCCCGGGGCAGUUGGAGCAGGUCCUGGUGCAGUGGGAGGUGGCCCUGGAGGGGGUCCAGGAGGAGCAGGCUUAGUGCCAUUGCCUGGAGGGCCAGGAUUUGGAACAGGAACUACUAAACCUGGAAAAAGCUAUGGUGCUGGUGGGAGUGGUGGCCUUUUACCAGGUGGAGGAUACAUAACACUUGGAGCAGGAGGACUCGGUGGGACAGGACUUGGUGGUUUAGGACUUAGACCUGGCAGCUAUGGCACUGGUCCAGGGUCAUAUGGGGUUGGACCAGGAGGUUACGGGGGUGGCCCUGGUGGAUACGCUGCUGGUCCUGAGGGAUAUGGACCUGUCCCUGGAAGCUAUGCAGGACAGACUGGAAGCAGAAGUGGUGGUAUUGGUAGCAGCCCUGGAGGAGGGACUGGAACUCUUGGAGUUGGAACUGAUCUUGGAGCUUUAGGCAGAGGAGGAGCAGCUGGAGGAAGCCCAACUGGAGCUGGUGGUGGACUGGUUGGAUAUGGUGGUGGAGUUGGUCCUGGUGGUUCAAGAUAUGUCACAGGUCCAGGAGUGAGUCCUGAUACUGCCAAACCAAGCAAAAGUUAUGCUGGUGGAACUGGUAGUGCUGGAGUUGGGUCUGGUGUCUAUGGGAUUGGACCUGGAGGAGCUGCUAGCUCUGCUCCAGGGAGUUUUGGACCAGGGAGCUAUGGGCCUGGAAUGGGAGUUGGUGGAGGUUUACCAGGAGGUUAUGGACUAGCAAGGCCUGGAUUAGGUGGAUAUGGGCCCAGCACUGGGCUCGGUGGUUUUAGACCAGGUGGUGUUGGGGCAGGAACAAGCUUCUCUGGACCUGGUGGAGCAGGGACCAUUCCCGGUGGUGUGUAUACUGCUGGUAGUCAAGGACCUAUGGCAAGAAAACCUCCCAAGUCAGGUGCGGGAACAGGUAUGGGAUCUGGCAGAUAUCUUCCUGGUGGUCUGGUACCUGGAGGCAUUGGACCAGGCGGUGCUGGAACAGGUGGCUUUGGACCUGGUGGUGCUGGAACAGGGACAGGUGGCUUCACACCUGGAGGUGCUGGAAUAGGAAGUGGCAGCUUUGGACCAGGAGGUUCCAGUUUAGGUCCAGGUGUCCAGGGAUUGGGAAAGCCCCCUAAAUCUGGUUAUGGUGGUGCUGGGUAUGGAUCAGCAGGUGCAUUUGGAGGAGGUGAACAAGCUGGCCCAGGUGGAACUGGAACUGGCUCAAGUGGGUCUGUAAGAGGAGGAUAUGUGCCAGGUGUAAGUGGACCUGGCACUGGUCCUUUUGGUUAUGGGCCUGAAGGUGUUGGACCAGGUGGAUAUGACCAAAGACUUACUGGAACAGAGCCGGGGGGGGUUAGACCUGGUGGGACAGGUGGCCAAGCUCUUGGGACAAGGAAGACUCCUAAAUCUGGCUACGGUUCAUUGAUGGGUGGAGCUGGCUCUCACCCAGGCAGCACAGGUGGAGCAGGUGGCUUUUUAGGUCCUGCAGGAACAAGCCAGGGAGUACCAGUAGCAGGACCAGGGGGCGUUGGCCCUGGCUAUGGUGGAUCAGCUGGUGGAGCCUACCCAGGAUAUACAGGAGCCGGGCAGAAAUCAAAAGCACAGAAAGCAGCCAAAUACGCAACUAUGCAGGCCUUACUGGGAGCUAGAGGUUACCGAGGUGCUGGCUGUCUGGGUAAAUACUGUGGCCGGCAGAGGAAGUGAGAAGCCAGCUGACGGCACUUCAUUCAAACUACAGUGGUGCUAUCACAUUGUUUUACCUGCUAGAAAACCCAAAGUUUCAAAACAUUCCACAUGGAACACUUUGAUUUGUUUAGACUAGUGGUAAAUUGAUGAAUCAGACAGUCUUUAUUGAUCUCACGCCAGUGAAAUUCACCAGUUACAGCACUGCAUCAGUGAAUGCAUUUCAAUGAAAUAUAGGUGGGGCAUUUGCCUCUGUGCUCAUGAGGCAAAUAAAAAAAUAAAAAAAUGCAGGCAUAUCUGACAAGUGGACUUGUCAGUGGGGAACGUGUACCUUUGCAUGCAAAUGGAUGCCUUGACACAACAAUAACAGCGGGAAUUGGGAUCUUGAAACACUGCAGACAAGACAAUGCAGACAACAGCAAUGUUAAAUAAAUGUUUAUUUAAAGGUAUAGUGCCGCUGGGUUUGUUUUAAAGUUUAAGUCAUAAAAAGAAUUUUCUUUGGCACCAUUAUAAUUCAAUUAUUUUAGCAUUUAGAUAAGGGAUUCAUAAUAUGAUAUUAUCAAUAUGAUCAAAAGUCAUGCUGUCUGGAAACAAUUUAGACUUUCAACCCUUGAGGGGGAGAAAUUCAAGGGAACAGAUGCUAUAACCACCAUUUGGGAGAUUACAAAGUGUUUUACAAGAAAUCUCAUGGAUGUUAACAUAAGAUGGGUCACAGGUAAUCUCAAAAUCUCACACAUGCGCACAGCAUAAAGGAUAAUUUCGAUCAUUUUCAUGAAGAAACCCAUAAGUUAGAGUAAU